AUGGCAAUCACGGAAUCAUCCAUCAAGCCCAACCACGGGGCCUCUGUUCCCGAUACGAGUGCCUCUCAGGAGCAAAUAUCUCAAGCUACAUGGCUUCAAUCCAGGGGCGUCAAGGUCGAAGACCGCGUUCGGUUGGCCAGGCUCUCUCAUAUGCGUUAUCAGCAUCCAGACUUGGAUGCAUUAGCCAAUUUUAUGCUGGAUUUUGGAAUGGUGAUAGCAAGAAGAACCGAGAAUGAAAUCUGGUUCGGAGGCUACGGAAUCGACCAAUAUGUCUACUAUGCAACGAAAGGACCAAAGAGGUUCUUGGGAGGAGCAUUCGCAGUCGACUCGAAAAACGAAUUUGAGAAGGCUGCCAAAAUACCCGGAGCAUUUCCAGUCCAAGACAUAUCUGGAGCCCCGGGAGGAGGUCGGAUGGUGACCAUCGCCGAUCCGGACGGCUUUCUCAUUAAUAUCAUAUUUGGCCAAGAAGAAAGACGUGUAGAUGCCUCUGCAGCUCCUACAGAGAAGUUGAAACUCAACUACCCGAACGAGAAGCAGAGGCUCCGUCAGUUUAAUCGAUUUAAUCCUGGCCCCGCCGCGGUACAUAAAUUGGGCCACUUUGGCUAUUCCACGCAACGCUUCGAGGAGCUCCUCUCAUUCUACACCUCCCAUUUCAACAUAGUUCCAACCGACCUGCUUUACAUGGAACGCGACGGCCACAGAAUGUAUAUGACGACAUUUAUGCACCUGGACUUAGGCAAAGAGCAUACAGACCACCACUCCUUCUUUCUCGGCGCCAGCGAAACCAGCUCUCAUGUGCAUCACUGCUCCUUUGAGGUCUAUGACUAUGAUACCCAACAUCUAGGACAUCAAUGGUUGGCCAGGAAGGGCUAUCGAUCCGUCUGGGGCGUGGGCCGACAUAUUCUGGGAUCCCAGAUUUUUGACUACUGGUGGGAUCCCGCAGGCAACAUGGUCGAGCACUAUGCCGAUGGUGAUCUUGUAAAUGAGGAUACGCCGAUUGGGAUUUUGCCUGCAGGCCAUGAGUCUUUGGCAAUUUGGGGACCUGAGGUUCCCCUGGCUUUCCUGCAGUAG